AGUUUCAAUAAAACGCAACGCUAAUACUCCCAACAGAUAUGCUCGGCGCCCUAACAAAUGAAUCGUUAGUUAAACGGAACGGCGGAAAACGACGGCCAUAUUUUAAAAAGAUUCGUGGAAUUGCACGGCGCCUAUAUCACGCAACUGCAACUACAACUACAACAUGACUUCUCUACAUCACUCCGCCUUUCUCCGCCGCCGCUACGCUAACCCCGCCCCUCUGCCCCCGCCGCCGCCGCACACGGUUGUUCUCGCUGAAUUGUCGCUUCGACCGCCUCAAGCGCGGUGCUCUGCUAUUCGAUCAGCUGCUGAAAUGUCCUCGCAGACUCCUGCUCCUACGCUUUCGACAGUUACUAUUUCCUACGAUGAAUUGAAGGAUACAAGUGCUGAUUUAUCGGAGAAAAUAGAGCUCGGAUUUGGCCCGAACGGCCUCGGAAUUAUGUCCAUAUCGGAUGUGCCUGGUUAUCAGUUACUGCGUCAAAAUCUUCUAUGUCUUGCACCUAGAUUAGCUAGCCUCCCAGAAGAUGUAAAACGGAAACUUGAAGAUCCUAGCAGUAGGUACAAUUUUGGAUGGAGUCAUGGAAAAGAAAAACUCGAGUCCGGAAAACCAGCAGAUAUGUUGAAAGGCUCCUUCUAUGCCAAUCCGAUACUUGAUGUCCCCACAGAUGACCAAUCACUUGUUAAAAGGUAUCCUUCUUACUGUGGACAAAAUAUAUGGCCUCAUGAUGUAUUGCCAGAACUUGAACUGGCCUUUAAAGCUCUUGGAAAGUUGAUACUGGAUGUUGGGUUGCUGUUGGCGCACCAUUGUGAUCGAUAUACAUCAAAUGGGUUGAAAAUGCAUGAAAAUGGAAGUCUGCAGCAAAUACUUCUUCGGUCUCGAUGCCACAAAGGCCGUCUCCUUUAUUACUUUCCAUCCCAUCAGUGCACUUCUGUUGUAGAUGGUGAUGAUGGCUCUAUGUCAUCAUGGUGUGGAUGGCAUACAGAUCAUGGUUCCCUUACAGGUCUUACUUGUGCAAUUUUCACAAGAGAUGCUGUGGAAAUACCUUGUCCUGACAGCACUGCUGGCCUUUAUGUAAAAACACGUUCAGGUCAAAUAGUCAAAGUGGUGUAUGGGGAAGAUGAAAUUGCCUAUCAAAUAGGUGAAACAACGGAGAUACUGUCAGGAGGUCAACUUUGCGCAACACCACAUUGCGUUCGGGCACCAAAAGGGAAGGUGGCAUCUGGUGUUGAACGUUCUACAUUUGCAUUAUUUAUGCAGCCUAACUGGGAUGAAAAGCUUAUGUUUCCGGAGCUGGUGAAUAUUCAUGAGUUUAUCAUGCCAAAGGGGUCUAUUUCUUUUGGAGAUUACACCGAAAAAGUGCUGGACAAGUAUUACGACCUCAAUGCAUAAAACUGGAUGUUCUAUUCAACAUUGUUAAAUAGUAGAAAAGUUCAGCUUUUAUUUCCUCUUGCGUAAUUGCAAACUGUUCAUGGAUUCAUUUCUUGUAAAUCAACAAUUGUCAUUCUCUAUUAAUAUUGGUCUUAAAUAAUUGUUCUGCAAA